GCGGUGUCUUUUCCAGCACCUGCUAAUGGCGUAGAAGGCUUUGUCAUGCGCAAUCUUUCAUGGCCGCAUCGAGCCAAGAUGAGCGGCAGACAGAGCGUGGCUCUGAGGAGACGAAAGAGCGACGGAAAGAUUCAAAGGUAAUCAGAGGUUGUAAUGGAGCAGUUGAUGCUGCUAUGGCGGAAGCCAUUGGCGAGGUUCUAGCUGAGGGCUCUACAUGGAUGCGAGAUGGGACACUUCUUGGGCAGAGAAGCCGCCGGCAGGGUCCAUUGCGAGAAAAUCGGCGGAGCCCACGAAAAGGCUCCAGACCGUCAGCACAUCCCUGCGAGCGCAUCGCAAUGUUCAUCGUAGUUUUCCUUCUUCUAUUGCUACUGCUACUCUCUGGUUUCUUGCAGAUGUGGUGGUUCCCUGGUCUCUAUGCGUUUAACGCCGGCAGCCAAACAGAGGAUGAUUGCAUGGAUGAUUCAUGCGAAGCUUGAGUUCCUUGAAAUCCACUUCCUCGUCAAAGGUUCGCGAGGUCAGCUGAGUCAGCAAUACCUGAAGCUGUUGCAGCAACACCUUCGGCUACUCAAGGUUUGAAAGCAUUGAUUGAUAGACCAUGUAGGCUCAACGUGG